ACGACGCAAGUACGACUGCAACGGCAAACGCACAGCUGUCUUUGGGCCAUUGGCGACAUCGAAAUCCUCCUGAGCGUCGAAUACGGACAGCACAGCGAGAUUCAGGAACGCAGCCAAUCAACAUUGAAGCAAUUUCGCACGGGGCAGGCCAAAACCUUGCGGCAAACUCUCAAACAACACAGCGUUCGAGCGUAAAUCUUGUUUGAGAUGGCCGACGAGCCGGAGCCACCUGUGCGAAUCGUCGUUGAUGAGGAGGCUGCAAAGAACACGCCUGUCGCGCCAUCGACGGCAGAUGCGCAAACGACAGCAGCGCAUGGCGCGCAUCCUUCUCCAAGCAGCCUCUCGCCUCCCGCAACACCUCCAGCAUCGCCUCCAGUGUCGCCUCCAGCAGAUGGCCAAAGCGCGGCAGAGGACUAUUACUCACCUCGUCCACGAUUCGAUCGCCUUGGAAAUGCGCUCCCGGAUCGCAGGAGGCCCGGCGCCAUGGCUUCAGUCUAUGGCACUUCGAAAUUCAGACUUCCCGGUGAUCUCGGCGCGAACGAUCCGCGAAGACCAAAAUCGCCAGCGCCCGGAGCAGACGCACAGCGGCGGCCUAAGUCACCCGCGCAAGGGCCACUUCCCGGAGACUUGGGGGCAAACGAUCCGCGACGACCCAAAUCGCCCGCUCCUUCUGGCACUGGAAGCGUCCCGAAUAGUCCUACUUCUAUCGGUCAUCAUCAACGACAUGCCAGCGGAGCCAGUAUCGGCAGUGAUGAUGGCGGCGCGAGGCUGCAGGAAGAUCCGCCUGAGCCCGACCAGCCGGACAGCGACAGCGAUGCCGAUGCAGACAACGACAAUGACACUGACGGAGACGACAGCCAGCGUGGCCGCGGUAGGAAGCGACCAGAACCUGGUAGAACCACCUCUGGAAAAGCCACCAACGUACGCGAAGACAGCGAGGACUCUGAGCGAGACGUACAAUUUGCUAGCGGUGCAAAGCCUGAUCCCACCAAAGGCGAGAGCAAGCUGUCGUUCCUUGAAGACCAAAAGAUGAAAGCCAUGAGGGAAGGCUGGCGCGCGAAACGGAGAGUGCAUCCGUCGACUGCUUUCGACUCAGCGCCUUCAGGGGCUACCACCCCUCUGCACUCCGACGAUGAAUCGCAGAUCGAGCUGCGAGCUGCGCAAAGGUUGACGUUGACGAUGUCGGCUGUUCACAGCACUCCUUCAGCUCAUCGCGUCAUUCGGCAGAUUAUCCGUGGAGACUUUGAGCACUUUCAACAGGAAGCCGAAGAUGGCAGGAAACGCCAACGCAUGUACCUCGUCGCGACUGACAUGUCUCCGGAAGCCGAGUAUGCACUGGAGUGGACAAUUGGCACAGUGCUUCGCGAUGGCGACACAUUGUUCGCUGUGUAUGCAGCGGAUGAGGAAUCAGUCGGUGUUCAUGGCGAGGGAGGUGUUGAGAUUGGGCAUGGAGCUGAUAGUGUAAAGGACACGGCGGCUAUUGUCAAGGGCUUACCCGCCGUCAAUCAUGCACCAUCCGCUCCAUCGCCGCUGUCGAAGACUAGCCUAAGUGGUUCAGGCGCAGACGGGCGGAGCAGAAGCCGAGGAGUCUACUCAUCUGCCGAGACUGAGCGGCGGAAAGCGCUUGAAGGCGUCACCGAGCGAUGCGUUCGGCUUCUCCGUAAGACUCGCCUGCAAGUCCGCGUUGUGGUCGAAGUCUUCCACUGCAAGUCGCCUCGCCAUAUGAUCACUGAAGUGAUCGAUUUUCUAUCACCCACACUGGUUAUUAUCGGCUCGAGAGGUCGAAGUGCAGUAAAGGGUGUUUUGUUGGGCAGCUUCUCGAAUUAUCUGGUCACGAAAAGCUCAGUACCAGUCAUGGUCGCCAGGAAGAAGCUGAGGAAACACUCGACAGCGAAGCGAAACAAAGACGGUCUGGCCGUUCCCUAUCAAGGGAGUGGACGGGCUGGCAGGUUCAGCAAUAUCAUUGAGGCACCGAAACUGGGUCUGAGAGUGCAGAGUUGGGACCAGCAAAUGCCGUCGCAGGCCAUGCAAUCUGACAAAGUCCCAGAGGGCACGCCUCUCGCGCCGAGCGUAGAGAAAGCAUACUACCGCAAAUGCAUCGCCCUCAAACGCCGCCUGAACGAGGUCGAAACCGCCAACGAUGAGGCACGUCUACGAAGAGUGCGACUCGAUCGAGCCAUAAUGAAGAUGCGCCUCGAGCGAGCUUUCCUCCUCGACGAGCUGCGGAAGCGAAUGGACACCAAUGUGGAUGGCAGUGAGGGCAGUGGAGAAGAGGGAAUGGCGACACCGCCACCAGACAGACCGCACCGUGAUAAGCGCCGACGACCGACCUCCGGACAUCCCGGCAACCCAGCUGCGCCGAGCAAUACCUUUCAGACAUCAGCAUACACACCAUCUGGAUCACGACAUCCGUCCGACCCGAACAUUGCAGCUGCAAGCGGUCCCGCAUUUCAUUCGCAUGAUGAGGCACGACACAGUCACAACGAGUCAUCACGCUCACAUCAGCUUCCUCCAUUACAACACGGCAGUCCGUAUGGCGCGCCGCCCGUCGGCAUGCCCGGCAGCGCGAGAAGCAGUGCGGUCAAUGGUAUGAAUUCAGGAGGUGGUCAUAGUCGUGAGGAGAGGCUGAUGGGUGAGGCAGGCGCGGGCGCUGGUCAGGAACCCAAUGGCGGCAGACGAUCUGAGGAUAGAGAUCAUGGCGAGGGUCCGGGACGCAGCCUUUUCACGGCGGUGAACCAUUGA